AUGGUCAAGAAGUUGGACGUCUCCCUGCUCCGGUACAUCACCUCAGAGCACUUCCGAGUGGUGACUGCCGUCGAGAUGGGAAUGAAAAACCACGAAAUCGUUCCCGCAGACAUCAUUUGCUCCAUUUCAAACUUGAAGCAUGGAGGUGUUCACAAGCUAACCAGAGAUCUUAUCCGCUGGAAGUUGAUUGCCUCGGAAAGAAAAGGGCCUGUUACUGGCUUUAGAUUGACUGUAAUGGGCUACGAUUAUCUAGCGCUCAAAGCAUUGUCUUCGAAGGGAACAGUCUACUCGGUUGGAAACAUGAUCGGCGUCGGAAAAGAAUCUGAUGUGUACGUCUGCUCUGAUGAAGACGACCGUCAAAUGGCGAUGAAGCUCGCUCGCCUGGGUCGAACCUCCUUCCGAAAUAUCAAAAACAAACGAGAUUACCACGGCAAAAGAAGAACUGCUAGCUGGCUGUAUCUCUCUCGGCUAGCUGCUAUCAAAGAAUAUGCUUUUAUGAAAGCGCUUUACGAUCGAAAAUUCCCCGUCCCGGAAGCCAUCGACUGCAACCGCCACGUAGUGAUAAUGGAGCUGUGCACUGGCUACCCCUUGUGCCAAAUCGAAGAAAUCGACGAGCCGACGAAGGUCUAUGAUCAGUUGAUGGCGCUUAUCGUCCGUCUUGCUCGACAUGGCCUCAUCCACGGCGAUUUGAACGAGUUCAACUUGCUCAUUACUGAAGAAGGAGAUAUUACGCUCAUUGAUUUCCCGCAGAUGGUUUCGACUAAUCAUAAGAAUGCGGAAUACUAUUUUGACAGAGACGUCCAGGGCGUCGUUGAUUUUUUCAAGCGAAAGUUCGAUUUUACUUCGAUAGAACGGACGCCGAAGUUCUCAGAUAUCGAAAGACGUCACAACUUGGAUAUUGAAUUAGCAGCCUCGGGCUUCUCAAAGCAAAUUGAACAGGAAAUUGAGGCGUUCGAAAGAGAAUUUAGACCACUCAAAGAGGGCGAAGAUGAACCAGAGGAAUCAGAAAGUGAUCAAGAAGAAGGUGAAGAAAGUAGCCAAAAUAAAGAAGAUAAGAUAAAGCCCAUAGAUCGAGAAGAACAGCCGCAGCAGCAGCAACAACAGACCACUUCUCGUUUUGACAACUGGCUUCAAAGUGCAGCGGAAAAUGCAGAAAACGGUCAGGAAGAAGAAGAAGCGCCAGAAAUGAUCGAAGAAGAAUUAAACGAGGAGCAACGAGCUCAGGCAGAAGCUAUCAUUGCUAGAAAUAGAGCCGCCCAAGCUCAGCAAAACAAUAACAACGAAGAAGAGGAGGAAGAAAAUGAUGCAGUUGGAGAUUUGCCAGAAAUUGAGCAAAAUGCUUUCCAAAUCGCGGAUGCAAUGUCAAAGAUGUCGUCACUGUCGACAACAUCUUGCAGCCCGGCGGAGAUCAAGAAUCGUGUGAAGAAGCAAAUUUCGCUGGAGAAAAAGCGCGAGCGAGCCAGGCUUUUGAAAAAGGGAGAAACGUCGAAAAUGGAAGAGAUUAAAAAGUGGUUCGAAACUAAAAAAGCAGAAUCAAAAGAACGCGCUGAAAAGUUCAUAAAACUCCCCGACGCUGAUUCCUGUCAAAUCCCAGCUCUUCGGCCAGACGAACUGGACUUCGUCGUCUCAAGAAAGAUUGACGAAACGCUGAAAACGAUCAUCAUCCCUUCUUGCCUCACAAUCGCUGCUUAUCAGCUGAGAAAGUUCUACCCUUUCAAGGGGCUUUAUCGCGAGCAUCGACGAUUUGGCUUUGCUGCGUCUUUUGUUGGGAGCUUCUACGGCGCCAAUUAUCUUUAUCAGAAGGAGUUGGAAAGGAAUGAUUUUUAUUUGAGAAAGCUGGAUGAAGAUGGUCUCUUACGUUUUCAACUAGAAUUCAAAGUUUCCACCGGUCGUGAAGCUACGCUCGAAGAAAUGACGAAUUUAUACAGUAACUAUUACGUUGACGACAUUGCAUACCGCUCAGAACUGGACAAAUACCGCUCGGCAAUCUGGGCUCAUUAUACGUGGAUAAAUCAAUAUUCUGAACGCUCGCUACGACGUUACGUCUUGACGGAGCUCGUUGAGAAUGUCAGACGACAUGAAGAAGUGAAUCUAUAUGCACAAGAUGUGCUCGUGUGGCUCUAUGUUUGGCUGCUGCUCGUCAUUGUUGCUUUAAAAGGGCCUGCGAGCGCGAGAGAAUUUGCCGAGGACAAUAAGGAGCUGCACAGACACAAAGACCAGGAUUUAGAACAAUCGUACUCUGACUUUCUUCAGAAUCAGGAUCAAUUACUCAAAGAGGGGUUACCCCACUGA